AUGGCAGAGGGUUGUGUGACAAAUAGGGUGGGAGACCUCAUUGACCAAGAGAAUAGGACAUGGAAUGAAGACUUAAUUGAUAGAAAUUUCUAUGAAUUUGAAGCCUCGACGAUCAAAAGCAUCCCAUUGUGCCGAUCCUUACAAGAUGACAUCUUGAUCUGGCCUUUUAAUCCGGACAGUGUAUACUCAGUCAAGUCGGGUUAUAGAUUUCUGCAAGACUUAUGCCUAGCCCGCCAGCCAAGUUCUUCAAUGCCAAACCCCCUGCAACAGCUCUGGAAGAAGCUCUGGAGUCUUGAUGUCCCGAAUAAGGUGAAGCAUCUGUUAUGGCGAGCUUGCAAGGACUCACUCCCCACCAAAGCAAAUCUGAUGCGACGUAAAAUCGUCCCCGACAACCUCUGUGAGAUUUGUCUGAAAGAACCCGAGCUUCUCAUGGUGGUAUUAUGGAACUUGUGGAAGUGUAGGAAUAACCUUCGCUUGGGCAAGCCUACAAUACCUCUGAAUAAGGUACUGGAGCACUCUCGAGAGCAACGGAUUGAGUCCCACUCCAACCCCUUAACAUCAACAACAUCGACGGUCAAGCAACCAGCUAGGUGGACACCGCCUCCGGAUCAUUGGUACAAACUUAACUUCGACGGUGCCACAUUUGCCAACAAAGACACAACAGGAAUUGGGAUCGUGGUGCGCAACAGUGACGGCCUCGUCAUGGCAUCCCUAGCACAACAAAUCCCACUACCACCUUCAGUUAUAGAAGUCGAGACCCUAGCUGCAAGACGGGCUCUAGAGUUUGCUUUGGAGCUGGGUUUUGAGCAAAUCAUUCUUGAAGGAGAUUCUGAGUCUUUGGAUAAAGCCUUGAAGACGGAGUGCAGUAACUUUACAACGUACGGGCAUCUAGUGCAAGAUAUUCUUUUCCUCAGUACACACUUGUCUGAGUUUAAAACAUCUCUUGUACGUAGACAGGAUAAUAAUUUAGCGCACUCUUUAGCAAGAAAAUCGCAAUAUUUAUCACAUAUGUCAAUCUGGAUGGAAAAUGUACCACCAGACCUUUUAUCUGUACUAGAGGCUGAUUUCACUAGCCUUCAUUAA